UUCCCCUCCUUGAUCUAUUAACGAAACGCAUAGUUUCACCGUGUUGCCUCUGUUUGUCAACGUAAUCCUAAUUCCUAAUCCAUAGUAACAAUAUCGGCGAGAGCCAUAACAUAUAGCCAGCCAGUCACAGAAGCAGAAGCACAAAACCAUGUGUGCCUGCCUUCCUUCCUCCCCGAUCUCAGUUUCCGUCACUAAUAUUAGUGAAUUAGCUCUUUCAACCAGACCCAUUGCCAAAUCCUUUCAUUCUUCAAACCCUUGGAAGAAGCUAUACAAUGCUACUAGAAACGACAUCUCGUUUUUGUGCAUUCGCAGUGUAGGGUCUAUUUACAAGACGAAGGUGUUAGGCUCGGAGAAUUAUCAUGGGUUUACUGGGGACGAAGACGAGGAGGACUAUUUCGAUUUCGAGACGCCUCGAAGACAAGAAAAGCAGAUUUCUUCGGAGUUUUUGGAGUUGAAGGGUGGGGUGGUAGAUGAGAAGGAAAUUGGAAAGCGUAAGGUGAAAUUGGAGGAUGAGAAUGGUGAUGGUGAGGAGAAGUUGACUAUGGCUAGUGGAAGAUUUGGGAUUAAGAAUGGCAGACAAGUGAUAAGGAGGUCGAACUUGCUAGCGAAGCAAGUCAUCAGCAUACGAAAUGCUUUGGCUUUAGGCUUCGUUUCUCAGCUUUGGGUUGACACCACUUCUUGGAUUGUAUUGUUCGUAGAAGUGAGGCCAAGCUUGCUCUCUGGGGAGUCUGAACGUUUUCUUUUCGAGGAUGUUAGACAAGUUGGUGAUGUUGUGCUUGUUGAGGACGAGACAGUGAUCGAAAAUGAAUUUAAAAUGGUUGGACUGGAAACAUUGGUAGGGUACAAAGUUGUAACACCAGAUCGGCAGAAUAUUGGCAAGGUGCGUGGAUAUACUUUUAAUAUUAAUUCAGGGGCUAUUGAAUCACUAGAGCUUGAUUCUUAUGGAAUCUCAAUAAUUCCCUCAAGUUUGGUUAGUACAUAUGCCUUGCUUGUUGAGGAUGUGCUGGGAGUUCUCUCUGAUGCUGUUGUGGUACAUGAAGCUGCAGCUACACGAAUACAUAGAUUGACCAAGGGUUUUUUGGAUUCACAUAAUGGCAGUUCUUCGAUAGAUAAUCUGGAUGAAUACUCCAAUUUUGAUAGACCUUUAAGAGGCCCUAAAAGUAAGUUUCAUAAAUUGAAUAAAGAGAUGGAGGAUGAUUGGGAGCUUCCAAUGGAUUACUUGUGACCUAUCUUCUGUCCAAACAGAGCUGACACAAUAGAUACAAAGAAUGGGCCCUCGUUUUCUUCUCUUCUGUGCCUCUGUUAUUUUUCUUUUUUGGCGGACUGAGUUGUUAUGGUACGAAUACAAUUACAAAAACUUGUUUGUAAAUUGUACUGUUAUUUGCUCUAAUUUGGAUGUACCAUUGCCAACUUUCUGCAGCAAGAGCUUUGUAUAUAUAAUUAAUUGUAAAUGGAAUAUUAGUUAAAAAGGAUGUUAGCUCGAGGAAAUGCAAAAGGGCUGUACAAAUAUAUGUACAUUUAAAAAAAUUUAUUCCGUCUU